CACGACAAUGACAACUCCCAUCCCUGGCUCGCCUCCGCCACAGCCACACGGUGCUGGAACUGUCAAUGCACCCUCUAUCGCCCCAGCGAGAUCCUCUGGCGGUGGAGCAAGCAGUCUUGGGACGUUCGGUGUCAAAUCCGGUUUGGCACAGAUGCUGAAGGGCGGCGUGAUUAUGGACGUCGUGAAUGUAGAGCAGGCGCGUAUCGCAGAAGAAGCUGGCGCAUGUGCCGUCAUGGCGCUCGAGCGUGUCCCGGCCGAUAUUCGUGCAAACGGAGGUGUUGCGAGAAUGAGUGACCCGGCGAUGAUCAAAGACAUCGUGAAAGCUGUUACGAUACCCGUAAUGGCAAAAGUUCGUAUCGGACACUUUGUCGAGGCACAGAUUCUCCAAAGCAUCGGCGUCGAUUAUAUCGACGAGUCAGAAGUACUCACACCUGCGGAUGAAGAGAACCACAUCAACAAGCAUAACUUCAAGGUCCCUUUUGUAUGCGGGGCUCGGGACCUUGGGGAAGCUUUGAGACGGAUAGCCGAAGGUGCUGCUUUCAUUCGGACAAAGGGAGAGGCAGGAACCGGAAAUGUCGUCGAAGCCGUCCGGCACUCGCGAACUAUCAUGUCUGAAAUCCGCAAGGUUGCGUCCAUGUCAGAGGACGAGAUAUAUGCGUACGCCAGAGAGAUCCGGGCACCGUUUCACCUCCUUAAGGAAACCUCCCGUUUGAAACGACUGCCCGUAGUGAACUUUGCCGCUGGAGGUAUUGCAACACCCGCCGAUGCAGCUCUAAUGAUGCAACUAGGAUGUGAUGGAGUGUUCGUAGGUUCGGGAAUCUUUAAGUCUGGAGACGCUGCGAAGCGGGCUCGUGCUAUUGUCCAGGCGGUGACGCAUUACAACAACCCCCAGAUCCUGGCCGAUGUUUCGGCAAAUCUGGGCGAAGCGAUGGUUGGGUUGACGAUGUGAGUCUUUCAUUUUCCUGGCCGCUUGUCGAUUUGUUUCCAUCUGGACCCGAUUCAUGUCCAUGAACAUGUGCUGUCUUGUUUCUUCUAAGUGGGUGUCGUGAUGUUUGACGUUGUUCAAUGUGGUUUCUUCGCUCGAGUGUUGUCUUUCAUUGAUUCAGCGUUUCCGUGAUACUUGAUAUUUUCCUGGGUUGUUGGUCUUUGAUGUUCGAUGGAGUUUUUGAUAUUCCGCGUUCCAUGCUGUGUCUGGCAUAAACACUGACUGCGCGGCUGUGUACAGUGACACGAACCUUAAAGGUGGCCGUCUUGCUGAGCGAGGAUGGUGAGAUUGUGGGCAUAGGUAGGCCGUUCAGAAGUAAAUAAAGCUGCGGGCUUGUCGGACAUGUCGG